AUGGAACCUUCUGCAGCCCAAAUAACAGAUGAUGAGGAAGAAGAGCUGAUGGAUAUUGUGGCUGCCAGAAGCCGGGGGGGCAAUAGAGAGGCCGAGCUCAGAAAGCUGGAAAUGUUGGAAUCGGAAGCACAACAGAGAGAAGAAGACGAGCAAUUGAAGCGAGCCCAAAUGGGGAGGUCAUUCCAGUCAUCGCAGCAUGAUCCCAGCACAACAGGCAACAACCCCACGAGAGAGGAAAUCAAAGCAGAAGAAAAGGAAGAAGAUACCUUUAUUCUGCAGGUCGUACAGGAGCAAAUAAAGAAUCAUGGUCAAGAUACCACCAGCAAAACGCUGUCAGCUGAAGCCGGCUGUCACAGCACAGCAGGCGACAACUCCACGGGAUAUAAAACCAGAGAAGAAGAAAUUGGUCUAGUACAGGACGAGCUUGGUUUUCCGCAACCAAGGUUGGCUCGUGGUCAAAAUCUGCCAGAUGAAGCUACCAUGCGUCCAGGAGCAUACACGGCGGUCCCUGGAACUGAUCUCCGAAGAACCACAACACUCAGUCGCUCAUUGGUGGGAGCUACUUCUUCUUCUCAUGUUGAAGAGCUUACAUCAAAUGUAAACACAAGGAAUAAAAGUACAGCCACAACUCCCACAGGCAACAAUAAUGGAUUGGCAGUGGCGAACCAGGUCGAAGAAAAUGAAGAACCUACACAGAUUGCGAGACCCGACAAUUUGCAUGAAAAAAAUGGAUCAACCUCAAGGACUCUUAUGAUCCUUGUUCUUGGUGUUAGCAUUCUCAUUAUUGGAAUUGUUGUUGGUUCCAUCUGCGGGGCUGGUCUCUGCAGCAACCAAGAAGGUGAUAUGGAGAUGGAGACUCAGGCCCCCACUUCCUUUCGGUAUUUUGUUUUGGAGGACAUUCAAAACAGAAUUGAAGAGGCUUUUGGGCCUGACUAUUUUCCCAAGAAUGAUGAGCCAGGACCCACCCAGCCAAAGUCCAAGGCUCUCGAUUGGAUUGUGUUUGAGGAUCCUCUGCAGCUCAACCCAGAUGCCAACAAUCUUCUACAGAGGUUCAUCUUGUCAUUGACUUACUUCCAGACAUCCCAAAAGAGUGACUGGCUAAAUUGUGGGAAAUCCUCUACAGCAAUCGACGAAACAUGUUCUAUUCGCGAUGACUGGGGUUGGGAAGUAUGGGGAAGUUGCUGGCUCACAGCUGUUCACGAAUGUCAAUGGGCAGGAAUUGAUUGUGACACCGAGAAGAACAUUACUGGGUUGUGGCUUUGGGACAACGGAUUGAAUGGCCCUCUGCCCACAGAGCUUGCAAAUCUUCCAGCACUGGAAUCAAUAAACUUUAUGUGGAACCGACUAACAGGCAGUAUUCCUGUGGAAUUGUUUGGAAACAAGCUCUCCUCAUUACACUUUGCAAACAAUUUACUAACAGGGACAGUGCCCACAGAAGUUGGACUCUUUGAUGGGACCGUGCUUCAAUUUGGUUCAAACAGCUUGUCUGGUUCCAUUCCCACGGAGGUCUUUCAGAUUGGGAAAGGAUACCAGCUCGAUCUUCGUCUUGAUGACAAUAUGGUAAGACAACCUUUCCACGGGAACGGAACCUCGGUGAUCUUCAACUUUUGGUCAAGACCCUAA